CGGCGAGCUGUAGAACUCUGCUAGGGCCCUGUUUGCUUGUCCAACACCUAGAACUGAGACAGAAAAGACAUACAUUCUCAGUUGUCGACAAGCAGUGGAGAGAGAGAAGGGGCAUGUUGAACUUUGACUGAAGUGCUUUUAAAAGGUGUAUAAUUGUUGGAAUGGGGAAACUACCAGCCAGAAGCAUCUUUCUGGGAAUCGCUGUGACAGCCACUGUAUGCACCACUAUCAUUGCAUUAGUUCUAUCCUUGGCUCAGCACUACACUAUGGACUUACCCAACGGCACACAGUAUGGAAUAGUCUUUGAUGCUGGAUCUUCCCACACAUCUCUCUUCAUAUAUAAAUGGCCAGGAGGCAAAGAAAACAACACCGGGAUUGUGUCACAGAUGAAGGUGUGCGAGGUGGAUGGAGGGGGUAUAUCAAGCUACAGGCAAAAUCCUCCCGCUGCAGGCCAAAGUCUUCAGCAGUGCUUAGAUGUCGCCAAAGCCACAAUACCUGUCAGACAGCAGCGGAGCUGCCCUCUAUACCUGGGAGCGACGGCUGGUAUGCGGCUCCUAAGGCUACAAGAUCAGAAUGCAACAGACCUCAUCAUGGAGGAAGUCGUCAACACAAUAAAGGGUUAUCCAUUUGACUUCCGUGGUGCGCAGAUACUCUCGGGUAUGGAAGAAGGGGCUUAUGGUUGGGUUACUAUCAACUAUAUACUGGAGGGUUUCAUCAAGCACACGUUUGAAGGCCAAUGGAUUCAGCCAAAAGGAGGUAGGAUCCUUGGGGCUCUGGAUCUAGGAGGGGGUUCCACCCAAAUAGCCUUCACUCCCAAAGAGCCAGUUAAGCAGCCUGAUUCUGAAGCUGCUCUUCAGCUGUAUGGCCAUAGGUAUGGGGUGUACACUCACAGCUACCUUUGCUAUGGAAAGGACCAGGCCAUGAAGCAGCUACAAGCACAUCUGGUUUCGACGAGUGGUUCUUCUACCACAAUUAUGCACCCAUGCUAUCAUACAGGCUUCAACCUGACAUUGACUCUGGGUGACCUCUACGACUCCCCUUGUGUGAGCAAGCCAGGAAAUACUGACCCUGACAAAAGUGUCACCUUCUCUGGCAUGAGUGACCCCAAUCAGUGCCAGAGCCUCAUUCAGAAGAUAGUAAACAUAAGCGAGUGUGCCUACAGCCCUGACUGUGGAUUCAAUGGAGUUUACCAGCCUCCAGUCCAUGGAGAGUUCUUCGCCUUUUCAGCGUACUAUUACACAUUUGAUUUCCUGGGGCUCGCCCCUCAAGCCCCCUUACCAAAAGUCACCUCGACAAUAGAGACCUUCUGCAAGAAGAGCUGGAAUACUAUUCUGGUUGAAUAUCCUGACACAAAAGAAAAAUACCUGAGAGACUACUGUGCUUCAGCUCAGUAUAUCAUGACUAUUCUUGUGCAAGGCUACAAGUUCAAUGAAACCUGGGACAAAAUCUACUUCCAAAAAAAGGUGGCCGACACAGACAUUGGUUGGACUCUGGGCUACAUGCUUAACCUGACUAAUCUGAUACCCUCCAAACAUCCCCUAGUGGUUACAGGAGUGCAGCGCAGUCAGUGGGCAGCUGAGGUGUUUUUCAUUGUAUUUGCACUUUUUCUCAGCCUUGUGAUGGUCAUCUUCCUCAUAUUUUGGUCACCAUAAUCACUAACUGAACACUAGUUAUAUUUCACAUAAUCACAAAUCAAUGGGAAAAGAUCAGCACCUGACUAAUUUGUGCUUUGUUUACUGUUAACACAUUUUCAUAAAUUAAGUGUUUACGUGUGCAGUGCUGAAGAUCCAUUAAAUUUCAAAUAUUUACCAACAAAAGAAAACAAAAUUUACUGAAAUAUUUUAU